AAGAAGAUAAGAUAAAUUACAUCGUGAGAGAGAAAUGGCAGAAACCAUCCAUUUUAUGUCAGCAAGGCAUAUAAAUCAAGUUUUCAAACAAUGGCCAACGAAAUCACCGAAGCUUCAGACAUCCAAAAUCUGCCCAGCUGCUUUCAAGAAAAACGACUUCUCACUGAUUACGAAAAAGAGUAGCAAGAGUCCGCGGCGUUUGAUCACAAUAUCAACAUCGGAUGGAAGAUGGCAUACAAAUUGGAGUACUGAGUACCUUGUAUCUCUGCAGGAUUUGCAAUUGGAAGAUCUGGUUGAAGAUGAACACAAGGAUGCAAAUGUUUCCAUCAACCUCACCAUCCAAAAGCAUGCCAGCUUUGGCUUCUCAGUAGAUGGAAGGAUCAUCUCUUCCUUCACUCGAAAAUGUAGUAACUGUUCUUCCCCAUAUUGCAGAGAGAUAGAUACAAGCUUUAACGUUUGGGUUUUACUAUCAAGUAGAGACAACAAGCGCAACAAUAAUAUUCAGCUGCCUGAAAUUGGUGGCGAUGAUCCAUCAGUUAUCUACGUUAAACCAGGAUAUCAAGCUGAACUCGAUUCACUGGUACAGGACACCAUCCGCCUUACCACCACAGUUAAGGAUACUUGUUCAGAGUCAUGUGAAAAAUCUGAUCCUAAAAUUCAAUAUAUUGGUGCACAAAAUACUGCUUCCGUUGAUAAAAGAUGGGGAAGACUUUUGGAGUUAAGGAAUGCGUAUCUUUAGAUUGAAUUUAAUAAUAAAUGUCAUUGGUGUGCACGUUUCAUGGAAUUGCUUAGUAUUAUGGUGUGAGUUGAGUUGAGUUACUUAUUGUAUAAUCCUCUGUAUAUAUAUAGUUUUCUUUUCUUUUUUUAUUCUACUGUCU